AUGGCGGCCAUGGGCAUGAAGAAGGGUCUGCUGGUGCUGACUCUUGGGCUCGCCAUGGCCGCUACCUCGUCGGCCGUCGUCUACAAGGUCGGCGACACCUCCGGGUGGACCAUCCUCGGCAACGUCAACUACACUGACUGGACUUCCAAGAAGAACUUCCGUGUUGGAGACACCAUAGGCAAGUUCCGUCUUCUCUCGCUCAAGUCAUCCAUUUGUGCUAGCUACCACAUUGUCAUGCAGAAUUCCCUUCGUUCGAAGUUCACGUACCCCCCGGGCAUCCACAACGUGCUGGAGGUGAAGAAGGCCGACUACGAUAGCUGCACCAACUCGACGCCGAUCGCCACGCACACCUCCGGCGACGACAAGGUCGUCAUCAAGAGCCCCGGACACCGCUUCUUCAUCUGCGGCGUUCCCGGCCACUGCGCCGCGGGCCAGAAGCUCAACAUCCGCGUCCUCAAGACGCGCUCCUCUGACGCCCCUUCCCCGGCGCCCGCCACCGCGCGCUCAGGCUCGGCGGCGUCCCCAAGCCCCAGCGGCAGCACCGAGCCGAGCGGUGCCUCGGCGCCGCCGCCCGCGUCGUCCACGGACAGCACGCCCGACGCGACGGCCACCACCGCUCCCGCGCCCAACGCCAACGGCGCGGGGGUCAGUGCAGGCCACCGGGCCGUCGUCGUUGCCAUGGCGCUGGCGGCGGUCGCCUCCACGGCGAUGCUGCACUAG